GUUGCUGCCCAUUGUAUUGACUGAGCGCUGAGAGUGAGGUUUCACUGCUGCCACUUGGAGCUGCAGGCUCAAAGAGCUGGCGACCCGGGAAAGCUUUGUUUUAGGGAGUGUUUAAAAGAAAAACGGAAGCGGAAGUACUCCAAUAAGUUGGGCAAGUUUACUGAGAUCGAUUGUGAGUUUCCUAUUAAAGACGCAGGGAGACUUCGGUCUAAUGUGGUAGGAAAUUGGUUGAUUUCUUUUCACUGAAAUAAAAGUGUAAUUGCAGCUAUGGAUGAGGCAGUUCUAUCUGAACGUGCACAUAGCUGGAGAAAUGCAAAAGAUAAAAGGAAGGCUUGGGCAAGAAGCAGAGACUCUUGGCAAAUCUCUGAGACGGAAAAUGGGUGUGUUGCAGAGUCUACUGUGCUAUCAGAAGAAAACAGACCAGCAGAUCUGUCCCUGUCUGGACCAUCGUCUGAAGAAAAUGGAAUAUCAAAUGAGAAGAUUGAAAUUUGGCUUCAAGAUUGUGGACCACCAUUAGGAGCAUCUUUGGAAGAACAAAGUCAACUGCCCUUGAAAGGCACAGGUACAAAGAAUGGAUGUAGUUUUGAGGAUGACCUGUCCCUUGGUGCAGAAGCAAAACAUCUUCAGACUCACAGUGACUCGAUGUCGGCAGCAAGCCAUGGGACAUCAGCCAAGGAAAAACGGAAGCAGUUUUAUCAAAUGGGAAACAGUAUGAAUUCUACUGGCUCUGGCAAAAGCAACACAACCGUAUCUAGUGUUUCAGAAUUACUGGACCUUUAUGAGGAAGAUCCUGAGGAUGUUCUCUAUAAUCUUGGAUUUGGAACAGAUGAACCUGACCUUGCAUCUAAAAUUCCAUGUCGAUUUUUUAAUUCCGCAUCAUUUGCAAAAGGAAUUGAUUUUAAGCUAUUUUUAGAUGCUCAAAUGCAACGUAUGGAAUUGGACAAUCCAAAUUUUGCUCUUACAAGCCGGUUCCGCCAGAUUAAAGUUCUCACCACAGUGGCUAAUGUAUUCUCCUCACUGUAUUCUCAAGUUUCUGGUGCCCCUGUGAAAAGGAUUGGUACUUCAACCGAAGACCCAGCUGCAGGUGAAGCUCCUGCAAAUGGAAACAUUGCAGCUGGUAGAUUAAAGAAAACCAUGUCAAAACUCAAUUUACUUGGGCAGCAGCAGGUAAAAGCAUCAGAGACAAGCAAUCGAGCAGUGUCAGCAGAUAUGGAAAAUUCUAAAGCAUCACAGUCUCCUGGCACCAACGAAAGUAUGACUGACAAUGAGAAGAAAGAGGAGGUAAAACAAAAGAAGGAAGCAAGGUUGCAUAAAUGGCAUAAAUUGACUGACUGUUCACUGAAGCCUGUAGCUGAAGAAGUGAUUGGUGGAAGUGGUUCUCCUUUAAAUUCCUUGGAAUCCAUCUCUCAGGGGACUAUGUGCGACAUAACAGCUGGCCAGACAUCCGUGCUGAAUGGUUCUGUGUCCACUCGGAAAGGAUCAGGGAAUCGUUUGAAAGACGACAGUGGAAUCUCAGAUUCUGUUCUAACUGAAGACCUCCACAGUACCUCCACAGACACAGAACAUGAAGCCAGCAGUGACCUGACAUCUGUCCACUCCCAGGAAAGUUCAGAGAUUGUGAGCACGGGGUCAGUGUGUUCAACUCAUGAUAAAGGGCCUGCAGCAAUUAUUCAGCAUCCAUUUGUGAAAACUCUGAUGGACGAGCAGAAGGAAUUCUCAUUUGAUUUAGAAGAGGUUCAAAGCAAUGAAGGUGAAGGGACAAGUAUUCCAGCAACUAGAAGUCAUGCUCUACACGACAGAGUUUCAGCAGCCAGUAAAAAACAUUUUACAAGGACCAGCAGCUCCCAUUCUGAUAGCAGCGGCUUUGCAGAAGAUCCAUCCUCUGACAUGACUGGACAGUGCCAGGGUCCAGAUGGUUACCUGCAAGCUAUGGGGAGCAGUGCUGACAGCUGUGAUAGUGAGACAACAGUCACAUCAUUAAUUGAUGACCUUAAAACUCCUCAGAGUUGUGACCAACAGUUUUUCACUCCAUUUCAAACGCCAGUGGAAAAUAUGACUCUGGAUCUUAAAGAGACAAUUUUAGAUUUGAAAGCAGAGCUAAUUCCUGAUGCUGUGAUUGAUUCACAAGAAGCAAUGAUUGAGAAUGAAGGCAAGGAAGCUGUUGCUGUGGACAAUUCUAUACAAUCAGGUGAACAGCAGGCUUUAGAUUUUACUGAUGAGGAGUCUUCUUCACUCGGUGACUUGACACUGUAUCCAGAAAGUGAUACAAAGUGUCAAAGUGAAGAUGGUAUUCCUAUAUACUCUGGUCACCAAAAGGCUGGACAAAGGCAAAAUAGCAUGGAUUCCAUCCUGAGUUGCUAUUCAGAACCUGCUACUUUAAAUUUAAAGGACACUGAAGCGAUGAGAUUUUCCUCUUCAUCGAUAGAUAAAAUUACUACAGUACUUGAAAGAGCUAAAACAAAAACCUAUAUUGUCUCAAGCACCUCUGGAAGAGCACGACGUCCUGUGACCAAAGCAAAUGAUCGAAUAAUGAGAGAGGGAGAAAGAUCAUCCAAGAAUGAAUCUCUUGUACAGAUGAAGCGAUCCAAUUUUCAAAGGUCUAGCUCCCUCCCAACUACACUGCUCAGUCCAGUGCGAGUUGUGUCUUCACUAAAUGUGCAGUUAACACCAGACAGUGGUUCACAGUGCAGUUUGCCCUGUUUUACCUACAAAUACACUGCUCUGAAGGACAAGGAGAAGAUGCCUACAAAUGACGACGAUAAGCAGUCAACCUGUCGAUCAAUGCUUUUUAUCCCAUUUGCAAAAAGAGAGAGUAGAAAACAAUUUAAUUUGAAUAAAAAUCAAGAAAUGCCACAACAUAGGCUGAGUUCUCAGUCAUUACCAAUGUGCUCACCUCUGACACAGUCUUGCUGUUCUCUUCAUACACUUCCUUCAGACUGGCAAGGCCAAUCUCUGCAUGAUCAUGUGAGAACCAGGAGUACGUGCAGCAUUCCCAACCUCUUCGAACCUACUUGUGCAACAUGUGCAGCACCUUUUGGACACUUGUAUCCUCAGAGACCCAUGACACACUCAUACCAUCAUGUUCCCAUGAAUCCUCCAUCUGCUAUUGAAUCACAGCUUCGCAGAGUCCUUAAUGAGAUUAGAGGCACAGUGCAGAAUCUUUCACGGAUGCCAAUGUUUCAGGGAAGUGAUCAGCCCUUUCCUCAUUAUUCGUCAUCAAGAUUAGGUCUUUUACCAUUGUAUGAAACUACAUAUCAAGAGCUACAGAUAAUGAGAAGGAAUCUGAACUUUUUUAGAACACAGAUGAUGGACUUGGAAUUCAUGAUGCUCAGGCAGCAAACCUUGGUGUAUCAGCAUUUAUCUGAUGAGGAGAGACAAGAAGCUGACCAACUGCAGAACCUUCGCAACAGUGUGCGUAUGGAACUCCAAGAGCUGGAAUUUCAACUGGAAGAGCGAUCAUUGUCUCUAGAGGAACAGCUCAAAAUCCCGAACCAGUACACCAUGUUUAAUCCUCCAGCUUGUGCUGGGGCAUUCACUAAUAACACAGAUACUGUUUCUUCCUCCCCUCUCAAUGUAAUGGAACCAGUAAAUGAGCUUUUGAGGGAACAGUCUUACCUUCGAACUGAACUAGGGUUCUCUGAACCUUUAGGAGAUGAAUGUGACUACCCACGAUCUUACUCUACACCCUGCAGUAAUUUAGAGUCGGCUUCACGUUGUUCAAGCCCAGGCCAGAUGCCUAGAUAUUCAAGCUCUCUGGGUCACAGUCAUCAAGGUGCGCCAAGCUCUACUGUACACUCUGAAAAACCAGCAACCCAAGCUACCUCAUCGUCACAAAGCAAACAGGUUUAUCGUUCUUCGGUUAUGCUGACUCCCUCUCUACCCUCCCGAGUUGGACAGGGAAAGCAGAUUACAGAAGACAGAUUGUCACCAGGAUCUGUGCAACUGAAGUCGGGAGGUGAGACGCCCGAACUGACCGGAGCUGCAGCAGCCCCUGUUGCUAAAGAAGCACGAGGCAACAUCGUGGAUCAUCCAGAAUUCCAAAAUGUUCUGCAAGAGAUAAAAGAAUCACUCGCUGGAGAAAUAAAGCGGGAGAUUAUGGAUGGACUUCUAGCUGCAAUAUCACCAACUAGUAGAUCUACUGUUGGACAAAGGGAACAGUUCUUGUAAUUCUGUAUUUUCGCGGAUUUUUAUUUUGGUCGUGGCCUGCUUUCAAAAAAAGCAGCCUUCAGCAAAGGUGAACACAGUUUAAUUUAUGUCUCCUGGAAUUCUAGCUUCUAACCACUCAUGCUGGUGAAACUUGCCUGCUGAAUGCACAGACUUAGAAAUCCAGUGCUCUAAGAAAAGCUAUUGGGGCUGAGAUGAGCUGCUUUUAUCUAGUCAACUUUUGGAACACCUUGUAGGCAAAUCUAAACUCAACUUUUUGUAUUUGAUUGGGCUUCACCAAGCUAAAAUUGUUUUAAAAUGGUUAAACUCCAAUGUAAUGGGUGUACCAUGUAAAAGAUUUAAAUUUGUUCUAAUAGUUGUUGCUGUCUUUCAAUUAGACAUUUACCUCUUACAUACAUAGUAAGGUUGAAACUUGAAAUUCCAUUUUUCCUUAAAGGUUAAGUCAGCUACAUGUGAUGUAACACUAUGGAAAUUUGUUAUCAUUUCCUUCUUUGAGCACUGACCUCUAUGAGGUACUCCCUGUGCAAUAACUGUUUAACAUGGUAAACUUGAAUUGACAAUGUAUCUUUACUACUGUUUGUAAUCAAUCAUCCUUAAUAUCUCUGAAAUAUUCAGUCUACUCCAUUUUAUUUUGUGAGGAAAAAAUAUUUUGUCUUGAGUUUUUAAAUGAAAAGAUUAACGGGCAUCUUAGAGUGCUACAAACUGGUAUGGGGUGGUCUUACACUGUAUUUUGUAAGCAUUAAGUAUUUAAUUCAUUUGAUCAUGAAUUCAUUUGUAAUUUUGAAUAGGUGCAGGGGUUGGGAUGCAAAAUACUAGUGCUGAAAGCUUUUUCUAAUUUGUACUUGAUACAUUAUAUUGCCAUACAUUUAUUUACUAGAAAUGCGUGAUGGUUCAUUUAUAUGGAAUAUAUACUAAAAUAAAUUGUACAAGAGUUUAACAUGGGAUGCAUAUGGAAUGUAAUG